CCAAGUAAGAAACGCUGAACUUGCAAUAUGAAUGACGAUUUUAACCUUCAUGAUUAUGAUAACAUUCAAGAUUUCGUUAUCUCUGUCAACAUCGGUAAUGUGGUUCAUCUUCAGUGAUAUCACUUCGUGUCUUCGCAUGGUAACUGUUGUGUUUCGCGCGGUACAACGAACAACUUUGCAAGAGAUGAGACGGUCCUAUUUGCCCUUCGUGCGUUACUACCGUCUACUGCGCAUGUGCACCAGUUAAUCCCGCGUGAGGUCCACGUGAACCAGCCUGUAGUUGCUCAUGUGUACGCUUGGAGCGCUGGUGCAUAGGUGUAUGCACUGUAUGGUUUUAAGUGCAUCGUGUAAUAAGGGCUGUAGUUCAAAACAUACAUCAGAUAGAAUCGCCGCAACAUAGUGUCUGUAUAAUAAGCUUUUCCCAUUUCUAGAAAGAUGGGGCAACGUGUGAACGCGAGAGCACAGAUGUGUACAGUGCACUAAUUCCAAAAGUUUUGAGUGUGUGUGUGUGUGUUUGUGUGUGUGUGUGUGUGUGAGUGAGUGUGAGUGUGUGUGUAUGUGUGUGUGGUCGGUGUUAGCGCAAGAGGAAAGAGACAUCGUGUGGAAGUACGUUAACGGAGCAAUGUGAAAAUUUAAAUGCAGUGAAAGAAGAUACAGUACCAAGAAAUCAUGUAAGUGAAAUCCAAGUAAGAAACGCUGAACUUGCAAUAUGAAUGACGAUUUUAACCUUCAUGAUUAUGAUAACAUUCAAGAUUUCGUUAUCUCUGUCAACAUCGGUAAUGUGGUUCAUCUUCAGUGAUAUCACUUCGUGUCUUCGCAUGGUAACUGUUGUGUUUCGCGCGGUACAACGAACAACUUUGCAAGAGAUGAGACGGUCCUAUUUGCCCUUCGUGCGUUACUACCGUCUACUGCGCAUGUGCACCAGUUAAUCCCGCGUGAGGUCCACGUGAACCAGCCUGUAGUUGCUCAUGUGUACGCUUGGAGCGCUGGUGCAUAGGUGUAUGCACUGUAUGGUUUUAAGUGCAUCGUGUAAUAAGGGCUGUAGUUCAAAACAUACAUCAGAUAGAAUCGCCGCAACAUAGUGUCUGUAUAAUAAGCUUUUCCCAUUUCUAGAAAGAUGGGGCAACGUGUGAACGCGAGAGCACAGAUGUGUACAGUGCACUAAUUCCAAAAGUUUUGAGUGUGUGUGUGUGUUUGUGUGUGUGUGUGAGUGUGAGUGUGUGUGUAUGUGUGUGUGGUCGGUGUUAGCGCAAGAGGAAAGAGACAUCGUGUGGAAGUACGUUAACGGAGCAAUGUGAAAAUUUAAAUGCAGUGAAAGAAGAUACAGUACCAAGAAAUCAUCGGUAAUUUGGUUCAUCUCCAGUGAUAUCACUCCGUGUCUUCAGCUGCUGAGAGGAAUCUGAUUUGACUGCAUAGUAGUUAACAUGUCUAAACAUGACAGAACGAGAAGUGGAUCCCACAGUUUCUCGUGCAGUUCGAUUGAUGAUGUCUCGAACAAAGGAAAGUCAAGAACAGCUAAGGAUGAUGCUGGAGGAUGAAAUACGGAAGAGGACUGGAAAGAACAUGGGACAUCUCUUGCAUCCUGUGGAUUCAGUCCUCGAUGUUGCAGAUGGUAACACAAGAAAAAAGAAUCUUGAGACAAGAACUGUAAGUUUACACAUUGAAGAAGCACCGAAAGAUUCACAUAUGAAUGAAGAAUUUGAUGAUGAAGACAAUGACUCUGAGAUCAACUUGGAGAUACUAGAAGAGGAUCUAACUUGUAUUGUCUGCAGAGGAAUGGAUGUGGCUCCUAGGAAUCGCCUCAUUGAAUGCACAGAGUGCCAUUCAUUAUACCAUCAAGAGUGCCACCAGCCACCUGUUGGUGAAGCUGAUAUGGAAGACCCAAGAUCAAUAUGGUACUGUACAGACUGCCUGAAAACAAUUAACAGAGCUGUGUCUAAGCCACAUUCUUCACCAAAAUCAACUGUGAAAGACCCUGUCUCAACUGUGAAGCCUACAUUGAAAGCUGAAUCUGCACCACCAACUCUUGUAUUCAAAAGAACAGAAAAGCCUUUCCAGAUGCCAAUUAAUCAAGUAAACAGCAAAAGUGGCUCUCAAGGUGUUGUGGGAAUGGCUGGAUUAGCAACAAGUAUUCAGGCGGCCCAUCAUUCCAGUAAGCAGACAUAUGUUGGUGCAGGAGGAAAGCCUAGUCUGGUAUCUUCAUUUCCUCAAGGGAUCAAAACCUUUGGAGGUUCUCCUGUUUCUGCCUCAGCUUGUAUUUCCAAGCAAAUGCCAGCACAAUCUUCAUCUGGAACAACCUCUGAUUCUAAUAUUAAUUCCAUUACUACAAUGACAUCAACACCUACUGCUGUUCAUACAACUAGUGUUGGUGGUUCUGGUUCUGGUGGUGGCAGCACUGCUGCCGCUGCCACUGCCACUACUACUACAGCCUCUGCAACUGGAUCUUCAUCUAAAUCAUCUGUGGUACCCAAAAUAAAUGUUAUUUCUGCCGACAAAAGACUAGCAAAUAUGAAGAAGAAAGCUGCAAAACUGCAGGAGAAAAGGAAACAUUCAAAAUGAAACUACUAUUGAUUAAUAUAAUAUUAAAUUGUUGACAAUUUAUGUAAUUAGCUUAUUUUUAUUGCAUAAUUGUCAAUAUUGGAACAAGUUACUUCUUCAGUUUUAUUUUCUCAUGAUAGUACAAUGCAGUUUGCUUAUUCAUCAGUCCACUGUGCUAAGACUGUUCAGUGUAUAGUUGCCACUUUUAAAAACAGAUAAGAUCAAACAGGAAUUCUUGUUAUUUUACUACCAGCAAUGAAAUAAUUUGCAAGUGUGAAUCUUUAGCAGAAACUGAAUGUUGUUCUUUCUCUCUGUUUUGCAGAAUAUUUUAUAACCAGUGAGUAGAUUUCCAACCAGUGUACCAAAAUAAAUGUGUAAAAUAUUAAUAUCACUCUUUGAUGUAUGUUAUACCACUUGAUAUAUACCUUGCUUUUGAAUGUGACUAGUAGUAUUAUCGGAUUAGAAUGUAGGGCAUUCCACAGUUUAUAGACUGUUUGUAAUAACCUUGGAAAAUACCACACUUUUUAACACUGAUAGAUUCGACAUAUUUAUUUGUUGCCGUAUUCUUGGUCUGUAAUCCUGGCCCUUUUUUUCCCCCCUCCAUCAUCCAAUAAAUAACAGUUGGUCUUGUUCACUACUCUAACUGUAUGAUAUCCAAGUGAAUUUUUAUCUGUAGUAGUAUAAUAUGUAACAUGUGGCCUUGAUUAAAAAUUGACAAGACAUUGGGGAAAAAUCAGGAAGUAAGUGCUUAAAAUGUAACCUAGUGUUAAUUUACACUAUAAAAAUGAGAACAGUAGUUAUGACUCUGAGAGAUAAAGGCAUCUGUUAAGGAGUUCUGGUCAUUUCUAUCACAGUGCUCAAAAAAUUAAAAAAAAUUGUUGCAACCAGUACACAGUUUUGAUGCACUGGUUGGAAACACAUUCAUUGUACAGAAAAAAAUAUCGUGUAAAACACAGAGAGAAUAAUACUCAGUUUCUGCUAAAGAUUCACAGACAAUUAAAUUAGAAAUGUACUAGCAAGCAGAAUAGAGCACAAGCUUGUUUGCAAUUUACAAGAUGGAUAAAAAAGGAGGCAUAUCAAAUACAUCAGUGUUAACAGUGUGGCAUUAUCAAGGUAAUUUCAAGCAGCCCAUAGACUAUACAAUUGUCUCAUAUUCCUUUAUCAGCUUAUACUUUUAAUCCAAUAACAUUACUAUUUACAUGUUCUCAAGCAAUUAAAUUUUGAACUCUCAUACUUACCAGCUUUUGUCUCUGAUAUACAUGUGUGCUGCUCUUUAAGCACAAACGGGUUUCUCUGGAAAGAGUGAGGUAAAUAUUUUUGUAAAUGAAGUAACAAGUAUCACAGGAAAUGCCUGAUUUUAUGCAAGGAGUCAGGUUGAGGCUGAUUUCAAAGUAUUUAAAGUCUCAUUUAAAUUAAAAGCAGAUUGUGCGACUGAGUCCAUUUCUGCUCACUGGAAGGACAGUUGUAGGGUUUAAAAAUCUCACUGAAAUGGAUAACAUUAGAUAUGGUCUGCUCAUUCGAGAUUUUUGGUAGGAGCUUUGGUGAAAGCAUUUUGGGAGAGUGACUAUUACAGUGGCUGUAGAUGUAUAUUAUUAACUACUAUUCUGCAUCAGUGUAUGCAUUAUUAUUAUUAUUAUUAUACACCAUUGCAAAAACAAAUUUAAACUGUAAUGGUGGUGGUGGUGGUGGUGGUGGUGGUGGUGGUGGUGGUGGUGGUGGUGGUGGUGGUGGUAACAACAUAUAAAUUUACUACUUUUUUUACUCACCUGAAUUGGAAUCUUGUGUGAGAUGUUAACAAACAACUAUACUGUUACAGAAUUACUUGGUGUUUUCUCUAAAACAUUCAGAAACAUUAUGCCUGUGUCCUUUUGUGACAAACUUUCCCUUCCAGUUUCCUUAUAUAAUGUAUAAAGUGGUGGCAGGAAAAUAUUUUUAUGUGAUAAUUUAAAUACCAGUUUACUGAAUUAAUCCAGCAUCUCAUCACAUAACGAACACCAUUUCUUCUUGCAAUAACUGUUUAAGUUCGUUGUGCAUCUAUAGCAGGUUGUGGUUGCAAUUGUAACAUUAUUUUUAAUUUUUUUGAGCUGUUAAGUUGUAGACACAUUAAAUAAGAGACACUCAGGAAACUUGGAUGUGAGCCAUGGAUUUCAUAUGUUUUGUGAAUGUACCCCAGAAUUCUCAAACUACAUGAAAAUCAUUUAAUCAACUUUCCAACAGCGGAUUUUGUAUACUUUCUCCUGCUCGUAUCACUUGUUAAUGCUACCCUAUGUAUGUCAUUGAUGUGAUGUUAAGAGGCAGAUUGAUAAAGUUGUAAACACUGCUGAAUUUUUUCCAGAUUUAAGGCAGGUUUGCAGUUCAUUGCACCAAGUGGAAUUGCUGUUUGUCAUACUGAAUUUAUUUGUAAAUAUUUAAUGGUGGAAAUUGUCUGUAGGCAAUAGUACCAUCAAAGAACAGCAUGUUGCAUAUCUGUUUGUUGGAAUGGUUUUAUUAUACAGAAUGUUUCAUAACAACAUAAACAAAUUAAAACAAAAUAGAGUGCUGAUAUAAAAGAGUGUGACUUGA